AUGGGACCGUGCCUUGCACACAACAGCAGCAGGUGUGCUUGGCCCCAGCCGCAUGGGCGCCUGCAGCGGUGUUCGGUGCUUCAGAACGAGACCAGCAUCGCUUCUCUAGACCUGGCUCCCAGCACCAGCAGCAGCAACGGCGUCAGCGGCCUGGAUGCCGAAGUGCUCGUCGAACUAAAGAACGUCCACAAGUCUUUUGGCGAGAAGCGCAUUCUUAACGGUGCCAGCUUUCAGAUACGGCGCGGGGAGGCCGUGGGCAUCAUCGGCGCGUCGGGCACUGGCAAGUCGACGACGCUGCGGCUCAUCUCCGGCCUCCUCGCGCCCGACCGCGGCGAGAUCUUCAUCAACGGCAAGGCCCGCGUCGGCCUGCUGUCCGACCAGGGCGACACCGGCGAGGGGCUGCGGCUCGGCAUGGUCUUCCAGAACGCGGCGCUGUUCGACUCGCUGACCGUCGGGGAGAACGUCGGCUUCAUGCUCUACGAGCACAGCCAGCUGCCGCCCGCCGAGAUCCGCCGCCGCGUUGCCGCGAGCCUGGCCAAGGUGGGCCUGAAGGGCGUGGAGGACCUCUACCCCAGCGAGCUGUCCGGCGGAAUGAAGAAGCGCGUCGCGCUCGCGCGCGCGGUGGUGUCGGACGCCGCCGACGGCGGCGGCGGCGGCGAGGCCGCGACGGCGGCGGGGCGCGUGGAGCAGCUGCUUAUGUAUGAUGAGCCAACAGCGGGGCUCGACCCCGUUGCGUCGACGGUGGUUGAGGAUCUUAUUCGCAGCCUUCAGAAGCAGCGCGACGACGACAGCGAGGGGGGCAUAUCGUCAUACAUCGUCGUGACGCACCAACACUCGACGAUCCGGCGGGCGGUGGACCGGAUCAUCUUCUUGCACCAGGGGCGCGUCGUCUGGCAGGGCACGACAGAGGAGUUCGAUUCGACGGAUGAGCCGAUCGUGCGGCAGUUUGCGGAGGGCAGCCUGGAGGGGCCCAUCUCUUACGUCUGA